UAAGUACGGCUUUUACUACCGUACACKGAGCUAAAAUUCAGUCGACGAUGGCGUCCUGCCAGCGGCCCUGCCAUUGGCGAUCGGCAUUCCGGUUCGUAUUUUGGUCCUGGGCGUUGGUGGUCGUAGAAAUCGAAGCCCUCCAACGCGCCACCUUUGGGAAUCUGCGGGUGCUCGCCGGGCAUCCACACCAGCCAAACAAAUCCARUCCGAACCGAGAUCGUCGGAAGUGGCAAAGGAGAACCCACCGAACGACGACAUGCUACAGGCAGAAUCCUCCUCGGGCCGGAACAAUCCUGUAUAACAMGGAUCACAAUGAGGAAUACGACAUGMAUGAGGACCAUUCUCCGGCAUCUUGUAUGUCCCGGAGGUCGUUUGCUKCAAGCGUAACGGCAAACACGGCAACGGCGUUGUUGUUUCCGCYGCGGUCCAUGGCCGAUGAUUCUGUCGAAGAAAUGGACGAAACCACAGAAGUGGAAGACAUCGACGUAGAUAGCGAUGAUGCAGAAGAKAACGGUGAUGACGCGGCAGUARAUGUGGUCGAAUACGUGAUCAAGGAUUUCACUGUUUCCCUUCCGGAAAACUGGAAGGUUCUGGAGAGCUUUGACGACGAAGCAACAGCACCGCCGCAUCCAACCCUGUUCUCGGCGCUCGACCCCUCCUCYGGGAGCUUUAUCACGGUAGUUCAGGAGGAAGCCUGUGGCCUAGACGACUUCGCCAGAUCCAGAGACUCCGGAAACAACAAGAAGAACGACAACGAUAUCGGCAACACGAAGGUCUGUGACUUUGUCCAGCCGGGCGAAACCGAUCCGCCGCUGUUUUCGACCGAGACCUACGCCCGGGAUGCCACCCGGCUGCUGAUCCGCCACGACGACCGCCUCAAGCAAAACGAAGCGGCGGUUGGGGGCAGCAGCAUCAGCAAGCUGGCAAGCACGAAUCUGAUUGCCUCCGGGACCUCCUUUGCCAAGGGCAUGCUGGACCCUUCGCUCAAAACCUUUGCGGAGUUUGAGACGCGGUCGGCGGUGCURGAGCUGGAGGCGGCCACUACCACYCUCAGCCUCUCGCAGGCCGAGCCGAUCGAGCAGAGGGUCCUGGCCAAAGCGGUGGCGACAACCACUACCAUCACGAGGACGACGACGACCGACGACAAUGACAAAAACGACGAAAAAGAAGGCAAUGACCCUGACAAUGACAAUGACACUGACGAAAACGAAAACGAAAACGAAGACGAAGACGAACAGAAGGAGUCUGAGUCGACGACUGAGGAAGAGGAUACAAGCAAUAGCCCGCCUACGAAAGAAGUGGAUUCGCCCACAAUGUCUGCAACAGACUCGAAUACCAGUGGCACAAGCCCCGACCAAACAACAUCUGUCGGCUCCGCCACAGAGUCGAGUGAAGCACAGCUUCCGGACCCCACAACACCAGAGGAAACGCAACCGCCCGAGCCGAUCGAUGGCACAAACGUUGUCCCCGCCGAAACGACCUCUGUGGACAAUUUGACGCCCGAAGCGGCACCGCCACCUCCCUCAGAACCCGAAACAGCAAAUCUUCCACCCAUUCCGGAAUCGGAAGAGGGGAUCGAUGCCACCCCAGCUGAAAUGCCCGCGUUGUCGGAUGCAGAACCAACCCUAGAAGCAGAUAUGACACCAAUAGAUAUGCAAGGAGCCGAACGCAGGACGGAAGUUGUAGCAAGCAGCAAUGGUGGAGAGCUAGAUACAAACACCGAACCCCUAGAUAUUCCCAAUACCGAUCUCGCAUUGGAUACCUCCAAAAGUGUCAUGUCGGCACUGCUGGCGUUGGUGGUGCCCGAUACACCAAACAACGACCCCGGAGAACCUCUCACCGAGAUCCCGACCACAGACCAACCGGAAGUAGCAUCGGUAGAGCCAUUACUCGCCUCAACCACUCCCUCCCCGACGGUGGCGAUCGAACAAGACGUGACCGAGAACAAAGACUCGGUCGAACCCGAAGAUUCGGAAUCGGAGGCGAGUCCUGCUAUAGCAAGCCGGGAAACCACCRACACUACAGAAGCUAUACCCGAKCCCACGRCACGCGAAGAAACACCAACCUCCGGAAACCCCAACCCCGGCAAGGCGGCGCUGCCGUCACCUCAACCUCCCACAAGCAGCGAUGUGUCGAGCGAGGAAGCUGAUGAYGGACUAACUACGAUCACCGACACGAUCACAUCCACCACGGUGGUGAGCAUUUGGUUGACCGCACCGGUCGACUCAUGGGAAACACCGGCGACGGGAAACCGGCUACUAGAGAUCUGGGAGAGCGUCACCUACAACAAAAACAGCAGUAGCAAAAGCGGCAAAAGGGUUGGAAACGUAGAGACAAACGACGAAGACGACGAGACACUGAACGCACAGCUCCUCUUGAUGAACCGGUGACCGCAAUUUUGGUUUCGUUGGCAACACGCCUAGACGUAGUAGUAGUUGUUGUUAAUAAAAUAGAAUACAGUAC